CCCGUUUAUAAUGUUGUCAAAAGUGAUUCUAUUUGUGAGCACAGUUGUGGUUUCAUUAACCCGGGAAUCGAUGAGUGAAUGCGUUAUUUCUUUCUCUGGUGAUGCUAUGUUAAGACCAACAGUUGUGAGAAAUAUUGGAAGUCGAAGUGUGAAUAUUUUGCCAAAAGAACCGUUUUUCAAAUAUCAUGAAGGCGAAGAAAUAUCACUUCGUUGCGAUAGAGGUUUUGCAGUACCAAAUUCGGUAACGGGCGAAAUCAUUUUGGAAUUAAAUUGUCUCAAUGGACAAGUAAACGGCGAUUACUACUCAAAUAAAAAUUAUGAGUGCAACACAGUGACGUGGAAUAUUUAUGAAUCAAUAAUACCACUUACCUGGUGCAGUAAGCCCUUGCAGUCGUAUAUUGUAGCUCAGCCCAUGUUCUUGCAUUCAAAAUUAAAUAUAUUAGCAGAAAUUUGUUAUAGUUUUGAAGAUAGAUUAAUUCAAACGAUGCAUUAUGUGGUGGGAGCAAAAUCUUCAAAGUAUUUGAUUUUUAAAAAUCAAUCCAGAUUUGAAGACUACGAACCCACCACUAAGGUAGAAUAUUUUGCAGAAACUUUUGUACCAAAGACCAUAUCCCUGGACUCCUACGAAAACUCACAAAUCCAGCAAUGGCUUAAAUUUGCUAAUUUUGAAAUGGGAGCUAUUAUGCCAAAUUUGAUGUUUAACCAUAAUGAAGGCCAUAUUGAAUUGGGUUCAAUGAUCGACAUACCAUGGUGGUCUGCUUUGCGCUUAGGCAACUGGCAGUUCUAUACCGAAGCCCUUAAAGAACAUGUGGAAAAAACAUCAAACGAAUAUGAGAUUUUGGCUGGCGUCUCGGGCACAAUUUCAGUGCCAAUUUACAAAGAGAGUUGUCACGAAAAUCGCAACUGGGUGGAAAUAGUGGAUGAUGAGGGUAAUAAAAUACCCCUGUACAUAUGGAACUAUUUAAAGAAUCCGAAAAAUGAUGUUGAGGAUUAUGUUAUAAUCGGUGUCAAUUCUCCAUUUUUUGAGUUUUACAAUAGAAUGGACAUCAUAUUUUGUCGCAACAUUUGCCACCAAAUCGAUUGGCUACAAAAGGCAUACUCAACAUUCACAUACAAAGCCAUGGGUGUCAUAUUUUGCUGUUCAGUUAAUGAAGUAAUUGAAUCAAAACGUUUGACUGGAUUAGGCAUCGAGCUGUAACACUAUAAAUGUAUUAUUUGUAUAUUUCGAUGAAUCAGAAACUUUGAAUAAAAAAAAAUAAAUAAAAGUUUAUAAAGAGUUAAUGUGACAUUUUGAAAA